AUGGUACUCUCUCGUUACUUCACACAGCCUAAUGUAAUUCAUUUCUCAUGCAAGUUGGAUGAAGGAACUUACAAAUUUGAAGAGUACGCGCCACCUUUUGCCAAGAAGGUAGUGAGCAAAACCCAAUCUCUUAUCAAGAAGGCAUCUCAAAUAGCCUAUGAUUUAGCAGAGGAAACCAAGGUUGGUGGUCUGGGUGCUGCCCUUUCCUGUUCUGGGACGAUGUUCAAGCAUUUUGCCAUAAGCCAAUUGGUCAUCGUGUGGUACAAAGUUGACCAUUAUCCAGCCUUGCAUAGAGCGACACAAAUGGCUGUGCCAACAACUGUAUACUUGUCCGAGAAGUACAACAAAUUGGUUGAGGACAUGACAGCAAAAGGUUGUAGUGUAUUUGGCUAUCUACCAUUAGUUCCUAUUGAAGAAAUGGCCAAAGCUUAUAAGCAGGUAGAGACAGCCGCAGCUAAGAAGGAAGAUGCUAGUACUAGUAGCUCGAGUGAAAGUGAAUCAGACAAGGAAUAG